AUGCGGCAUCUUCCCAGCCCAUCUGCCGCGCGAGCAGCCAUGGGGGGUCUCCGCGCCUUCGCGCUCCUCGCCUUAUGUUUCGCAGCCGCAGCCGCAGCCGCCAAAGAAGGGAAAAACUGGUGCUACGCCUCACAACAGUGUCGAGACCCAAGUUGCAAAGAGCCUCGUCUAUGGGCAGAGCUAUAUGAAGAAUGUGAAAACCGCAAACAAUCUCCAGUCAAUAUUCUCACCCGGCAGGUAAAAUAUGAUGACUCUCUGAAACCAUUUGAUUUUAAAAACUACAAUAUCAAGUCCGACCGCAAGUGGAUCGUGGAAAACAACGGACACACAGUCCAAGUCCAUCUGGAUGGAACCGAGAUGGUGGAACGCGGCGGACUGACUGGCAAAUACAAGGCUGUGCAGUUCCAUUUCCAUUGGGGGAGUGAGGUGGGUGAGAAGCUGAGCCCUGGAUCCGAACACAGCAUCGAUGGAGUGAGAUAUGCCAUGGAGCUUCACAUCGUCCACAUUAAGGAAGAAUUUAACAACGUAUCAUCAGCGAUCCAACGAAAAGGCGUAGCAGUGCUGGGAUUUUUUAUGACGGUUGGCAAAGAGAACAGUAACUAUGAACCGCUCAUUUCAAAACUAGAAGUGGUCAGUGCUGCAGGGAAGAAAACAGAGAUGCCAGCUUUGAUGCUGGGAUCCCUGAUACCUGAAAAGAAGGAUCUCACCAAUUUCUACCGCUACACCGGCUCUUUGACCACGCCCGGCUGCAAUGAGGAGGUGGUCUGGACCUUAUUUGAGAAGCCCAUUGAACUUGACAUGAUUCAGAUGGGCAAAUUCUGGAAAAGCCUGCAUUUUAACAGUAACAUGACACACUUCAUGGUGGACAAUUUUCGACCAGUUCAGCCUCUGAAUUCCCGAAUUGUCUAUAAAUCGAGCUCGAACGCCCUCUUGCCCCCAAGGAAUCUGCUCCUGCUGGUCCCAACUGCUGCGUAUCUUGCCUUCGCUUCCAUCCAAUAA